GCGUGACGUAGCGCCGGCAGCUGUGUUUCCACGUGGGUCGGGAUCCCCCCCCGGCCGCGCCUCGGUUUCCCCCGGCUCUCGUGCGCGCCAGCGUCGCCGCUCCUCUCGGCCGCAGCAUGCCUCACAGGAAGAAAAAGCCCUUCAUAGAGAAGAAGAAAGCAGUGUCUUUUCAUUUGGUCCACCGGAGCCAGCGAGAUCCUUUAGCAGCGGACGAGACUGCGCCACAGAGGGUUCUGUUGCCCACACAGAAACAAAGUGAUGAGGAAAGGCGAGCCGAGCAGAGGAAGUACGGGGUGUUCUUCGACGACAACUACGACUACCUGCAGCACCUGAAGGAGCCGUCGGCACCCGCGGAGCUCGUCCCCGCCAGCACCGCCGGCCCGCCGGCCCGCGCACAGGAGGAGGAAGCGACUCUCCUUUCACACACUGGAAUUAAGUUGCCUUCAUCAGUGUUUGCAUCGGAAUUUGAGGAAGAUGUUGGAUUGUUAAAUAAAGCAGCCCCAGUUUCAGGACCUCGAUUGGAUUUUGAUCCUGACAUUGUUGCAGCGCUUGAUGAUGAUUUUGACUUUGAGGAUCCAGAUAAUCUGCUUGAAGAUGACUUUAUUCUUCAGGCCAAUAAGCCAGCAGGAGGGGAAGAGGGCACGGAUACUCCGGAGUCAGAGAAUGAAGACGGCAAUGAGUGGGAAGAUGUGGAUGAUGAGAGCAGAGGGAGUGAUGGCGACUGUGACUCAGCCGGCCCCCUGUCAGACGGCGGCGACACGUCUGCCCCUGGAACCCCUCAGCAAGCCCUUCGAAAGCACUUGUUCUGGGAAGAGGAAACCAAAAGUCGCUUCACAGAGUAUUCUCUGACGUCCUCAGUCAUGAGGCGAAACGAGCAGCUGACCCUACAUGAUGAGAGGUUUGAGAAGUUUUAUGAACAAUAUGAUGAUGUCGAAAUUGGAGCUCUGGAUAAUGCUGAGUUGGAAGGUUCCAUUCAAGUAGACAGUAACCGUUUACAAGAAGUUUUGAAUGACUACUAUAAAGAGAAGGCAGAGAAUUGUGUCAAGUUGGAUAGUCUGGAACCCUUUGAAGAUCCAGACCCGCCAGUGAAUGAGCUUGCUGAGUCCGAGGAGGAGGUUAUUACCGUAGUUCUCGAGGAAGCCAAAGAGAAGUGGGAUUGUCAGUCCAUCUGCAGUACCUACUCAAAUUUAUACAACCAUCCUCAGCUUAUCAAGUAUGAACCAAAGCCCAAACCCAUCCACCUAUCUUCUAAAACGGGAGUCCCUCUCAAUGUCUUACCUAAGAAAGGACUGACUGCCAAGCAGGUUGAGCGGAUGCAGAUGAUUAAUGGCAGUGAUCUGCCCAGGGUGUCAACCCAGCCACGCUCUAAGCAUGAAAGCAGAGAAGAUAAAAGAGCCAGAAAGCAAGCUAUAAAGGAGGAGCGCAAGGAACGGAGACUGGAGAAGAAAGCUAAUAAGUUAGUAUUCAAGCUGGAGAAACGAAGGCAGGAAAAGGAGCUGCUUAACUUGAAGAAGAAUGUGGAAGGUCUGAAGCUGUAGAAUAAGUCAUUUCCCCUUUAGUCAGUCCUCUGAUGUUCAUUAAUUAACAAGCUCUACAGGCAGGUGCUGAAGAGAAAAUACAGUGUCUGUAUUAUUUUUGUACCAGAAAGUUUUCUCUUGUCAACUGCCUUGUAAAUAUUGUAAUGUUUUGAAUUUUAAUAUUAUGAGCUUAUAUUUGCUCUGAAAUAAAUGACUUCAUGAAAGCAAAUGUUUGGAUAAGUUAAAGGGAAAUGUCUUCAUAA